ACACUUCUCCGCCAUGCCCGCCGACGCCUCGAAGGUGAAGGAGGCGGCAGCGAAGAGGGCGAAGAAACCCAAGAACACCACGCUGCAGUAUUACAUCUGGAUCGGGGGUGCCGUGGCCGCCCUCGUCGCGGCGAUACUGCUGCUGAUCUUGAAUCCCGACAAGGGUCCGUUCGGUGUCCCCGUGAAUGACGACGGUCUGAUCACGCACGUGAAUCGGAAUGCCAAGACGUGGAAAGCAGACAAGAGUUCGAUGUUCACGGGAUGGUCACUUGGAGAUGCUAAGAACCUGGAGGGCAUCUCCGUGAGCGGGCAGUCCCAGCCGUGCGUGGUGCCUGACACGCAGGUGCCGGCCAGCUUCGAUGCGCGGGAGAAGUGGCCGCAGUGCUUCAACCAGCCCGUCUACAGCAUGGGGAACUGCACCGCGAGCUGGGCGAUCGCCGCCGCCUCGGCGCUCAGCAACCGCUUCUGCAUCUCGAGCCCGUCGGAGUACGCCGACCUGAUGCUGUCACCGCAGCAACUCCUGUCGUGCGACUCGGCCAACCGCGCGUGCUCUGGCGGCGACGUCGACGCGGUGUGGGGCUACAUCGAGCGCGAAGGUCUCGUCAACGAGAGCUGCUUCCCGUACCAGGGCGACGGCACCGUCAGCUGCCAGUCGAAGUGCUCCGACGGGGCGUCCCUGAGGGCCGCCUCCCACUGCCACCUCAACAACGAGGCGGCCAUCCGCAAGGAGGUCUUCCUGAACGGCCCGGUUUCGGCGCCGAUCUUCUUGAUGGACGAUUUCCUGGUGUACAGCGGCGGGCUCUAUCAGGAGAUGCCCACCGCCACGCAGUUGAGCGCCGCGAAUCGGCAGCGGCUCAUCCACAUGGUGAAGAUCGUUGGGUGGGGCUCCAUGGAGGGCAAGGGUUACUGGCUCAUCGAGAACUCGUGGGGCCCGGACUGGGGCGAGGGCGGCUACGCCAAAAUCCUCUCGGGAGGCGACCCCCAGGCCCGCGAGGGUAUCAUAGUCGAGACCUACGUGUUGGCUGGCACGCCAGCCAGUGGGAAGCUCGGCGACGACGCCGACGACGACAUUGACCUGGAGGACAUCGACCUCGACCUCGACGACGAGUCCGACGAGUAG